UCAAAACUCCCUACCCUCACCAAACCCAACACACAAACCAAUAGAACCUUCCUUUUUCCUACACCCCCUUUUCAUUACAAUCUCUAUAUAAUUCCACUUUCCACCCCUUCUUUCCCUUGAUCAAAACAUCCUCCCUUUAUUUUGGUCCUCUACCCAAUUACUCUCCCCUCUCUCUCUAUAGACCCACAACCCCCAUUCUAGCACUCGCCCGCCUUCCCGAUAAAACUGAUUCAUAUCCGAUUACUCAAUCAGUGGAAGAUGGGAUCAACAACGAGACUUUCGUUGUUAAUACUAUCAAUAUCUUUCCUAGUCACAACGGCAAUAGCACAAACAGCAUGUAGAGCACACACCUUUACAAACAACCAACAAUACAGCAGUUGUAGUGAUCUCCCUGAAUUGAAUUCAUUCUUAUAUUGGACCUAUGAUUCGACAGCCCGCACCGCCAACAUCGCCUUCCGAACCACCGGGGUUAGCCCGACCUCGAACUGGAUCGCGUGGGCCCUUAACCCGACUGGGUCCGGCAUGGUUGGGGCUCAGGCUUUGGUUGCCUACCAAAAUUCUUCCAGCAGCAGCGUUCACGCCUACACAUCUUCUGUUACUUCUACUGCCACCUCUCUUGCUGAAAGUAGCAUCAGUUUCCGGGUGAGCAACUUAUCGGCGACUAGUGGGACCAAUGAGAUGACAAUAUUUGCAACUAUUCAACCACCAAGGACGACGGUGAACCAGGUGUGGCAAGUGGGCCCAGUGAGCGGAGGUAGUCCGGGGCAGCAUAAUCUUCAUAGUGCUAACAAAAAAUCCUCUGGCUCUAUUAACUUCCUCUCUGGCCAAGCCACUGCAGGUGGUGCAACUAUUCAAAGACUUAAACAAAAGAAUACACAUGGAGUUUUGAAUGCAAUUAGUUGGGGAAUUUUAAUGCCAUUGGGAGCUAUAAUCGCAAGGUACGUGAAGGUGUUCCCAUCAGCAGAUCCAGCAUGGUUCUACCUUCAUAUAACUUGCCAAAUCUCUGCUUAUAUCAUCGGAGUUGCUGGUUGGGGUACUGGUCUUAAACUUGGCAGUCAAUCUGCGGGUAUUGUUUACCACGUCCACCGUAACAUUGGGAUCGCUCUUUUCUGCCUCGCCACUCUUCAGGUCUUCGCCCUACUUCUAAGGCCAAACAAAGACCACAAGUACAGAUUGUACUGGAAGGUCUACCAUCACGGCAUUGGAUACAUCGUGAUCAUCUUGAGUAUCAUCAACAUCUACCAAGGAUUCGACAAAGUGUUGAUGCCAGAGAAGAAAUGGAAGAGAAUCUACUCAGGCAUCCUCAUUGCUUUGGGAGCCAUCGCUCUUGUAUUGGAGGCAUUUACGUGGACCAUCGGGUACAAGAAGAAGAAGACUGAUCAACAGAAACAUGGUCACCAUGCUAAUGGAACCAAUGGAUUUACUAAUAGUUAUGCAUAGACUGCAUGCUGCUGUUUUGUAAAUUUUUCUAUACGUUUGUUUCAUCUUUAGGCUUAUUAUUAUAGGUUGUAUUAUAAACUACAGAUUUUGAAUAUUUUAUUCUUCUUUUUCUUCUUUUAAAUCCCUUUUGUAUUAUUGUUGCCAGUGAGUUAUAGGGCAUAUUUGAUUGUUUUUAUUACUAUGAUAGUUUUGGUC